AUGUCCGAUAACCUCCUCGCCCCAGAGCCUGUCAAGGGUACUGCCGGCCAACUCCAUGUGCCAGGAUUCACACCUAGUGCUACACCUGAACCUCCUCAUCGUCAUCAUGUUGUCAAAAAUACGGCAGGCUAUGAAGAUAUCGUCUUUGAGGGCAAGAAAACUCAAGCGUUGAACGUCGAGGAAAUCGUCGGCAAGAGUGGGUUUGUGCCCCAGAAUUUGGUUCACAAUGAGGUUGCUUGGUUCUACAACAACCUUGGGAUCGAUGAUCAAUACUUCCGCAUGGAAAGUGCCGAGACUGUCGCAGAACACGUCACAUCCCUGUACGGCGCCAAGAUCCUGGCCUGGUCUCGUCAUCAGAAGCAGCUCGACAUCAAUCUCGAAAAGGAGACCGAAACAAAUGCCGUUUACAUCCACUCUUCCACUCCCGGGGUGUCUGACCCAUCCACCAAUUUCGAGGCUAGGAUCGAUGAAAAGUUCUUGGACAUUCCAAUGAAGGACGGCACGUUCAGAUUAGAGACUUAUCGAUCGGCUGGAAAUGUAGCCUCUAACGUGGCCCAACAAUUACGAUGUUACUUUGUGACAAAGUGUAACUUUGUGAACGCCUCACCGGAUGCCAAGUCGGCGGAUUACUCGGACAUCCGCAAAGUGUCUGACCAGACCUUCCUCUCCAAGGUUUCCCCAAACACCCUCGAAAUCUACCAAUCCUUGAUGCAAGCCGCCUUGGCCCGGACCGGCCCCGUCGUCGAAUGUUACGAGGUCGAGGGCAACAGUCUUGAGCGAAGGGUGGUGAUCGCUUACAGACACGCCAGUACUAACCAUUUCUUUAGUGCCAUGAGUGAUCUGUAUCAUUUCUAUGGCCUCUACAGUACCCGAAAAUACGUCGAGCGAUUUAGUAAUGGCAUGACCAUUAUUUCCAUCUACUUGCAUUCCCUUCGCGGUCCUCCAAUCGAGUCGGCAAUCACCCAAGUUAUCCGCGAAGCAUCCUUAGUCUUCUGUCUACCCAACAAUCCCUUCUUCCAGCCCUCGACCCACCAUGCAGUUCAAGAAGCGGCCUAUGCAUACUGUGCUUCGAUCUUUUCCCAACACUUCCUCAAUCGACUGGGGCCUUCAUACCUGGCCCUCAAGGGUCUCUUGAACGAGUCAGAUCCCAUGCAGGCCGGAGUCCUUAACGACAUCAAAAGACGCUUCCGAGAGGAAACUUUCACUCGUCAGAGUAUCACCGAAGUCGUCUUGGCUUAUCCUUCAAUUAUUCGGUUACUCUAUGUCAAUUUUGCCUUGGUGCAUUAUAUUAAUGCCUCAUCAUCAAGGCAGCAGUUGAUGCCCACUUUAUCAUACCAGAGACUGCAAACCGGAACACCUUUGACAGAUGAAGAGCUCUACGCAAAUAUCCGCAAAUCAGCUUCCAAUUCGCACGAUCUUCAGGUAUUAGAAAGCUUUUUGGUAUUCAACAAACAUAUUUUGAAGACCAAUUUUUACACGCCUACCAAGGUUGCACUUUCUUUCAGAUUGGACCCAGCUUUCCUACCGGAGGCCGAAUAUCCCAUGACGCCAUAUGGACUCGUGAUGGUAGUGGGUUCGGACUUCAGAGGGUUUCAUCUAAGGUUCAAAGAUGUUGCGCGAGGUGGAAUCCGGAUCAUCCGUAGUCGGAACAAGGAAAACUAUUCGAUUAAUCUUCGACAGCAGUUUGACGAGAACUACAACCUUGCAUUCACUCAGUCUUUGAAGAACUCGACAAUCCCGGAAGGGGGUGCUAAAGGCACUAUCCUGCCCGAGUUGGAGUCCAAUCCGAGGGCGUGUUUUGAGAAGUAUGUCGAUGGGAUCUUGGAUCUCUUGAUCCCUGGCAAAUCGCCCGGGAUCAAAGAUCCGAUCGUCGAUCUGUACAAUCGUCCAGAGGCUCUGUUCUUCGGCCCUGACGAGGGAACUGCGGAUAUGAUGGACUGGGCUGCUUUGCAUGCUCGGGAAAGAGGCUACGACCAAUGGAAGAGUUUCACGACCGGCAAGAGUGCCGGCCUGCUGGGCGGCAUUCCUCAUGACGCCUUUGGGAUGACCAGUUUGUCAGUCCGACAAUUCAUCGUCGGGAUCUACCGUUCAUUGGGCCUCAAAGAAACCGAGGUCACCAAAAUUCAAACGGGGGGCCCUGAUGGCGAUCUAGGAUCGAAUGAAAUUUUACUGUCCAAAGAUAAGACCAUUACAAUCAUCGACGGUAGUGGAGUGAUCCAUGAUCCUCAAGGAUUGGAUCGAGGUGAAUUAGUCCGUCUUGCCCAUGGUCGGCAGAUGGUCAGUAACUUCGAUUCGAGCAAGUUCAGCAAGGAGGGAUACUUUGUCUCGGUCGAUGCAAACGAUGUUGUUCUACCCAGUGGCGAGAUCAUUCCGGAUGGAACCGCCUUCAGAAACGACGCCCAUUUCCGGUAUAAGGCCGAUAUCUUUGUGCCCUGUGGCGGCCGACCCGAGGCCAUCAACGUGGGCAACGUUACAAGGAUGUGGGAUGCUGAAGGCAAGCCGAACGUGAAGUAUAUCGUCGAGGGCGCAAACUUGUUCAUUACCCAGCAAGCCCGUCUGGUGCUCGAGAAAAAGGGCGUCGUGUUGUUCAAAGAUGCCUCUGCGAACAAAGGAGGAGUCACCUCCUCUUCCUUGGAAGUUUUGGUGGGGCUUGGAUUGAGCGAUAAGGAGUAUCUCGAAUUGAUGACUUCGCAAAACUCACCAGGGUUCUCGGAAUUUUAUACAAAUUAUGUGCGAGAUAUCCAACGCACGAUCACGAUGAACGCGGCGGCUGAGUUCCAAUGCAUCUGGAAAGAGUCGAUGAACGGACAGAAGCCGCGGGCGGUGAUCACGGAUGAGAUAGGGAAGAUCCUGAUGAAGCUGCAGACGCAGUUGGAGGAAUCGGAUCUGUUCGAAAACCUGCCGGGCAGGAAAGCGGUGCUGAAGCAGGCCAUCCCGAAAACGUUGAUCAACAAGGUCGGCUUGGAGACGCUCAUGGGUCGGCUGCCCGAGUCCUAUCAGCGCAGCUUGUUUGCUAGCUUCGUCGCGUUCAAAUAUAUCUUCCAGUAUGGCUUGUCCGCCUCCGCCGUCGAUUUCUUUCAUUUCUUCUCUCAUUUCAAAGAUGAUUCGACUGAAGAAAACAAAACUCCGGCUGCUUCCUGAUGUCCAAAAAACAAAAUAUCUCUUUGGUUUCUUUUUUUUUAUUUUUUUAACAUUUACAUACUCUUAACAAAAAUCCCUCAAGCAAGUA